UGGUGGAGGUUGUGUAGCAAAACCCCUAUGCAAAUAGGUAAACUAACUUGUCUUCAAACAUUGUCUAAUCUAGUUCUGGGAAAAGACAAUUGCUCAGGAAUAAAGGAGCUUGGACCUUUGAAGCAUCUUCGAGGGACACUCUGCAUUUCAAGAUUAGAGAAUGUGAUUGAUCCGAAUGAUGCAAAGGAUGCUGAAUUGAUUAGAAAGAUGAAGAUUAGUGAGUUGUGGUUGAAAUGUAGUGAAUACAUUGAUGAGUCAAAAGACAGAACAAGUGAACUAUAGGUACUAAAUGGGCUAUGGCCUCAUGACGCUUUGAUGGAGCUGGUUAUAAUUAACUAUGGUGGUACAAAAUUUCCUAAUUGGUUAACAUCUACAUUUCCUCAUAUGGUGUCCUUGAGAUUAGAAAAUUGUUACAAGUGCACAUCAUUACCUCCACUGGGGCAAUAUUUGCCGUCACUCAAAAAUCUUUGGAUCAAGGGCAUGGCUAACGUGAAGAGUGUUGGUUCUGAAUUUUGUGGCGGUAAUUUAGAGACUUUGCAUUUCUAUGACAUGGAGGAGUGGGAGAAUUGGAGUCCUUGUGAAGUACUCCCAAAUCUAUGUAAGCUUUCCCUUUGUCUCUGUCCGAAACUAUUAGGGAAGUUACCAAACAACCUUCCUUUACUAAACAGAGUUGAGAUAAUUGAUUGUGCGCAGUUGGCGGUCUCAAUUUCAUGCUUUCCAGAUAAAUGCAAAUUUAAUAUUGGGGAAUUCGAAGGGGUGGUGUGUGAAAGUAAGGUUACAUUUAAAUCAAUAACAUUAUACACUUCACUUUCAGCAAUUUCAGAUCAAGUGGUUGAAAUGGAAGGAUUGGCAGAGUUAGAAAAUUUAAGUAUUGAAAGCUGUGAGGAGCUGACGACUUUGUGGUCAGACAAGGUGGGAUCAUUGCCAUAUCUCCCAUUUUUGCAUUCUCUCGACAUUUAUAAUUGUCCCAAACUAGUCUCUUUGGUGGCAGAAGAAGUUGAUCAAGAGCGUCUCCAACUCAGAAUCACAUCUUUUACUAUCCGUGAUUGCAUAACCUUGAAAUCAUUACCCAAGGCGUUGAUGUACAACAACAUGUGUCUUCAGUUUAUUGAAAUAAAGAAAUGUGAUUCGCUAACGCAUUUUUCCAGAAGCCAUCUGCCUCCAGCUUUAAAGAAGCUAUAUAUAAGCGACUGCAAGAGUAUGAGGAAUUUGUUAGAGGAUGAUGAUAAUGAUACAAACAACAGUCAUUGCAGCUAUGGCAUCUCAUCUCUUCUUGAGGUCUUGUACAUUAGCAAUUGUCCAUCCCUUGAAUUCUUAACAUCAAGUGGAGAGUUACCCACCACACUUCAAUGCCUCGAUAUUUACAGUUGUUCGAAGCUGGAGUCAGUAGCUAAGAGUUUUCAUCAUAACUCGUUUCUGACAAGUAUCAACAUCUCCAGCUGUGAAAAUCUUCAAUUCUUGAAUGGUGGAGAGUUGCUCCCUUCCAACCUGAGACACCUUUAUAUAUUUAAUUGUGAGAAAAUGCAGGGACUGCAGAAUGGCAUACACAGCCUCACCUCUCUUCGAGAUUUGGAAAUACGGAAUUGUCCGAGAAUUUUAUCAUUUUCUAAAGAAGGUUUUCCCACAAACCUAACAACACUUUCGAUCGCUUAUCUUAAAAUCACUGAAGCCUUAUUCGAUUGGGGGUUGGACAACCUCACUUACCUAAAUCAUCUUGAAAUUGGUGGAUGUCAACAUCUGGUGUCCUUUCCAGAUAUGGCGUUGCCUGCCUCUCUAACAAGUCUCCGCAUUUCAGAUUUCUUGAAUUUGGAAUGCCUGUCUUCCGAGGGCUUAAGAAAACUCACCUCUCUUAAAACAUUGUGGAUCUUUGAAUGCAAGAAGCUAACGAGUUUUCCAGAGGAUGGCCUGCCUCCCUCACUCCUAGAGCUUGAUAUCUCUAAUUGCCAAAAGUUGAUGUCCUUACCAAAGUAUGGCCUACCUCCCUCACUACAGAAACUUGCAAUCAGUGGAUGUCCUCUGCUGGAACAACGCUGCAAGAAAGAUCAUAGAGGAGAGUGGCGCAAGAUUGCUGACAUCCCUUGUGUUUGAAUUAAUGGCGUAGACAUUUACGACACAAAAACGGAGGAAUACAUUUACGACAAAGAAAUGGAGGAAUAAAUCCAAAGAUAAGUUUGUUUUGGCUCUGAUCCAAAGGUCCUUUGAAUGUUGAAUGGUGGCAUUGGAGAGAUCCACCACUCCUAUUGCAUGCUGCGAUUCUGAUUGAUUGUUCAAAAGACUGAUGCAAGCUGUUGCAACUUUCGACUACUAUCU